UGACUGUUCUCCGUGGGGGUUGGCUCGGGAGUUGGCUCUCUCUCUUUCUCACAAAGAAGGACACGCUAAUAAUAAGCUAAAUAGUAAAAAUAACAACCGUGCUAUCAUUGCUUGUUGCUGGAAUCAGUGCGAGACAGCGUAUGAAGCAAUAUAAUGCAUUCCUCUGACAAAUUAGGUCUUCGAUUGUCUUAUAUUGCAAUAGAGCGUUGGACGUUGACCUGCCGAUUAUGCUGUCCACCGGACGAUCCCCGGCAGCUCCGCGCGACAGCGCCCCAGUAAAUUAUUUCAGGAGGAGUUUCCUCAUGCAGAUAUCGAAAGCCAACAUGCGGCUCGCUGGCUUGUUGAUGUCUGCAUUGAAAUGGUUGGUUUCCCGGCGAGGGUGGGCAAGGACGAAGUCAACCAGCCUUGAACCGCCGUGGAAAUGAAAUGCCGUCGGCCCAAUACAACCACAACGGCUUCUAUUUCUCUGGAUUAUUUCUCUGGGUCGUUUCUUGCGUCGUUUCCCCGGAUCAUUUCUCUGGAUUGACGUCCGCACACAGAAAAAUGCGAGAGCGCUGCGUCAUUCUCGACGAUUUCAUCAUUGCCGACGUCAUGGCUCGGCAUGAUGAACCACAGUCGGCUCCCAGUGAAGGGAACAGAGACAAUCAGAAUAGUUUUGAAGGGAACAGAGACAAUCAGAAUAGUUUUCAAGCGGAAAACAAGUGACUUUUUUUGUUUAUACUUAUUCGGUUAUUCCUGUUUCAAUGGCCACCGGCGACAAUGGCCCGGGUAGAGACGAGACUGUAUGUUGUUGCUCGAUAUUAACGCCCAUGUUAGGUGCCAAAGCCACUGACUAGCACUUGAGUCGGGGGAUCAAGGCGAGCUCCAUGCCGGGGAGAAUCAAUAUGAGAACGAGAAAGAGGUCGUCUUCUACCCCGAAUGCAGCGAGGCUGAACAAUGCUCCCGCACCUCCAUUAAUAAAGAGGAUCCAAAGGCCCUCACCAAAGCAUCCAGCGGGGCGACGGCUUGCUUUGUGCAUUCCCUUAUUGCGGAUGCGUGGAUGUGCCAGCCGGAUGGCCUCACGGAUAAAGUGACUGCCCAAACUCCCAACAAACUCUCAACCGGGGAAGAAAAGAGGCUUCUAACUCAGGUGCUGACGGUUGAUGAAAGGGCAAUAGAACCAUAUGCGCCGUCGGCCGUGGUAAAGGAAGACUUGACCAGCCCGACAACUACCCACCGCUUUCUCGAGAAUUGUGCAAGAAAGAGCUGACGGAGAUGGGCUGGAAUGUGCACGUGCUCUCCAAGAAGCUGUCCUCUAUGCGCCUUAAACUCGCAGCCCGGCAUAUCUUCAUUGUCAUCAAGGUGAGGGAUAAGAGCCUGGUGAAACUCGCAAGGGAGCUUACGCGAUGGCUCAUCUCUGCCGACCGCGAUGUGCCGUAUAUCGUCUACGUCGAGGACCUGUUUCGGAACGAGCCCGACUUCGCCAUUGAACAGCUGCAGCAGGAGGAACCAUCCGCGAUAGGACGGUUGAAGUUCUGGAAUGCGAACGAGGUGAGAGACCGUCCGCAUGUCUUUGACUUUGUCCUCACGCUGGGAGGUGAUGGUACUGUGCUCCACGCAAACUGGCUCUUCCAGUAUAUCGUUCCUCCGGUUCUGUCGUUUUCCUUGGGCUCGCUUGGUUUCCUCACUAGGUUCGGCUUUGAACGCUAUGCUGAGAUAAUCUCGUUGCUCGAGAAAGAGGGCGUCGCCGUCAGUUUAUGGUCCCGAUUCGAAUGUACCAUCAUGCGAACCAAGGCGUACGCGGGCGGCUCUGGCUCACCGGUCCAGGAACGGUAUUUGGUCGAAGAACUGAGUAGAGACCAUUUAAAUAGAGAGACCCAUGACCCGGAGAAGGUAUAUGAGAUUCUGAACGACGUCGUUGUCGAUCGUGGGCCGAAUCCGACAAUGAGCCAAAUCGACCUCUUCGGCGACGAUGAUUAUCUCACUACUGUUCUAGCCGACGGCGUCUGCGUCGCUACACCAACCGGUUCAACAGCGUACAGCCUUGCCGCCGGCGGCUCGCUGUGCCACCCAGAGAACCCCAUCAUGCUUGUAACUGCCAUCUGUCCGCACACUUUAUCCUUUCGGCCUAUCGUGCUACCUGACACUAUCCUGCUGCGGAUGGGUGUGCCGUAUAGUGCGCGAUCGGGCGCGUGGGUGAGCUUUGACGGCCGUGAGAGAGUCGAAUUACACCCGGGGGACUAUGUGAGUGUCUCUGCGUCUCGGUUCCCAUUUCCAAGUGUUAGGCCGCCUGAACAGCACGGCGAGGGAUGGGUACAUAAUAUCUCGAAGGCGCUGAAUUGGAACUCGCGGCAGAGACAGAAGGGCUAUACCUAGAUGAUUACCAUCAGAGUACUCUGUAAAAUGAAGCCGCUACCCAUGAUGAUCAUAG